AUGGAUCCCUCGCAACAACAGCAGCAGCAGCAGCAGCAAAACAUGGCUCCUACUCAACCACAGCAGACUUACCAUCCCGUCACAAGCAACGAGCACAUUCAGCCUGUGCAGCAAACACAUACCGGCCAGGCCCUGCCUCCAAGCUAUGAUCAAGCAAAGACUGCUCCCAUGGGCCAACCACCCCAGGGAGCAAACACGAAUGGCCCUCCUACGACCGUUAUCCCGUUGAACCAGCUUAGCGACCAGCCGCAGUGGAUUGACUGCCCAUUUUGCCACCAGAGAACGACCACCACCGUUCAGCGAGAAGGCACUUCUAUGCAAAUUGUCGUUGGUGCCAUUCUCUGCCUCUUCUGCGUCUGCUUGACCUGCGUGCCCUGUCUCGCAGGAUGGUUCGAAGAUACCCAGUACCGCUGCUCUCAGUGCAAGAACAUGGUUGCAGUCCGACGACAUGAUGGCCCCAUCGAGGUCUUCGGCCCUACCGUCCCUGUAUACUCCCAGUACAACGGCAAUCAGGCCCCAAUGAAUGCUCAACAGCAUCAGGGUCAGACAAAAGACGCCGGUCCAGUUCCUGCCCAGAACUACCAACAACAACCACCUCAGCAGCAGCAGCAGCAGCAGCAGCAGCAGCAGUAUCCCCAGCAGUAUCCCCAGCAAUAUCCUCAGCAAUACCCUCAACAGCACCAGGAGCAGCAUCCUAUGCAUGACCUUCAGCCACAGAUUCAGCAGCAGCAGCCUGCUCACCAGCCUGAUGCUAAGAACUAA